AUGAUCAAAAUUUCUGAUGUCCCUACCCCCAUCUCCCUGAUCUAUCCAAGCGAAUGGAACGGCAGGCAUGCGAUCGGUGCCAUGGCCAUAAGGUCCGAUGCACAAGGGCUCCGAACGGCUAUGGGUCUUGUGUCCGAUGCCAGCGCUGCUCCUUCCAGUAGACCAAAUCCCAAUUCUAAAACCGGUCGUCAGCAUUCUGGCCACGUUGCAGAGAACGGUUCGACGCAACUGAAGGGCCGAUCUCGACAGCAUUCAACCGGGAACCAGCUUUCAGAUGAAACCGAUCUACGGCCGAUUCCUCAGUCGGCCUCGUGGUUGAACACAGGUCUCCUCCCCCCGCCGCUGACCAGAGACGUGGAGACCACCGGCUCAGACCUUGCGCCAGCCCUCCUCCCACCCCAGCUGCCGUCGACCUCGGCCGCGCAGCCCUUUCAUCAGGCAGGAGACACGAAUCCCAGUUUUCCAACAGGCCUGGUAGACGCUGCCCUAGGUGAGGAGCAGCUCCAGCUAUUCCCCCUGCCCCAUGAGUGGUCCACCAGUCUGCCGAACGACUAUGAGUUCCUCCCCGAACCCUCGGGGCAUACCUGUGCAGGAAUGGGCAUGGAAAUGCAACCCAAACAGCUACCGGUACAUAACCCUGAAUCAAACGGAACCGGAGUGAAUGCCGGGAUUAAAACCCUCGAUGAUUGCAUGAGUAGUCUCUUUCAACUCCACCUCAACCUCUACCAGGGAUGUUACUCCUCCUCCUCCUCCUCCUCCUCCUCUUCCUCUUCCUCCACCUCUUGUGUGAACGACGGCCCCGCGGGAGAAAGCCGGACCAACCAGAUAAUCAAUUCCUCUCAAACCCUGAUCAUUAUCAUCCACAGCCUUUACACGCACGGCGUGGAAUCGCCGUCUUCGGGUUCUUCAAGACCUUCGACCGCGCUGGCCCUGAUUUCUUGCUACAUCCAAUUGCUGGUGCUCUAUAUUGAGUUUGUGGACGCUCUGCAGCAGCGACUAGAGCAAAUUACCCUAAGCUCUGUAACCCAUUACUCCGAUCCCACCCUUGGGGCGUCUCUUUUGCCGCCGUCUAUUCCCGCACUGGAGGUCGGCCUGAAAGCGCAACUCGCUUUGCAUCUCAUCACCCGCGUCAGCCGGUGCACACGGCGAUAUCUCGCGUCGUACUUGGGAUAUACCGACGCUGAUCAAAUCUCCGGAGCUGCAACUGGCCUUGACGCAGGGUUGAGUGAAGGUCCGGAAUUGAUCCCGGUGGCUAGGCCAAUUGAGCUGCUCCUUUCGACGUUGAGUGAGCAGGAGGCUCGUUUGAGGAAGGCAUUAGAUGAUCUAGGCCAGAAGACUCUGCGGAAAGAAUCCCUAUGAGGAUUGACCUAAUAGUAGUAGAUAGGUCAUUGAGAAUUCAUGUAGAAAUCACGCAACCCUUGUCCCGGGAACUGAUGGAUGGCAUGGAUAGUAGUAUAUGUUGGAACCCUUCUGGAAGCCUACAAUCCAACUAUUUCCACACUUCAACAUACGUAAUUCCCAUUCUAUACCGGAAUUCAUCAUCGCCAUUAGGAUUUGACGUUUAUCAGUAUACGUACUGCCCGGUUGGCUCCACAGGAAUAUGUCGAAC